AUGGAUAGGUUACAGCUGAAGGAUGCGUUUAUUGAGGGAGGAAUUCCAUUUAACAGGGUGCAUGGAAUGCACGCAUUCGAAUACCCAGGGGAGGACCCGAGGUUCAACCAUGUUUUCAACACCGCAAUGAUGAACCACACCACAUUGGUAAUGAACAACAUCCUGGACGCCUACAAGGGAUUCGUCCAACACCUCAACCAAGUCACUGUGGAUGUCGGCGGUGGUCUAGGGGUCUCCCUUAGAUUCAUUACUUCCAAGUAUCCCUCAAUCAAGGGAAUUAAUUUUGACUUGCCUCAUAUUAUCCAACAUGCCCCACCCAUCCCUGGUGUUGAACAUGUGGCUGGAGACAUGUUUAAAAAUGUUCCCAAAGGAGAUGCAAUUUUUAUGAAGUUUAUUCUUCAUGAUUGGAGCGAUGAUGAUUGUUUGAAGUUAUUGAAGAAUUGUUACAAAGCGAUCCCGGAUGAGGGAAAAAUUGUAGUGGUUGAUUGCAUGCUCCCGGAUGUACCCGAUACUAGUAGUGGGGUAAGAGCCACUUGCCAGGCGGAUGUAGUAAUGAUGACGCAAAAUCCAGGGGGAAAGGAACGAACCAAACAAGAAUUAGAAGCCUUGGUUAGUAAAGCUGGAUUCAGUGGCAUCAGAUACGAGUGUUAUGUUUGUAAUUUGUGGGUCAUGGAGUUGUUCAAGUAA